AUGGAUGUGAAAUACGAGAAAUUCCCAGGAAAAACGGUAGUGUUCGCCGGUGUGCUGUGUCCUGUGUUGAUCGACAGAAACACGGCAAACUCUAAAAUUUGUAUCGGAAUUUUCCUGGAUAGUGUUUCUGUGAGGAUUGAUUGGACGGAGGAAGAAAUUUAGAGAGAGCAGCUUCACAGAAACCCUGAGAGAUUCGAUCACUGUCCCUGUGUGUUGGGCUCUGUGGGAUUUACCACAGGGACGCACAAAUGGAACGUUGAUGUCAAGGACAACACAUUUUGGAUGGUGGGUAUUGCCUUAGAGUCUGUCCAAAGAAAAGCUACCAGCGGCAUUCCGGGAGUCUGGUGUAUCGGACGAAAAGGACUUAACAUUACAGAUCCUCAGAAGUCUCAAGUCCCACUGUGUGGAUUUGAGAUGCCUAAAAUAUUGAGGGUGACGGUGGACUUGGAUGAAGGACAACUGUCGUUCUCCGAUAUUGAGUGUUAUGGUUAGGGUUAGACUGUCUAUCACACCUUACACAGUUUUACUGAGAAGGUCUUUCCUUUUUUCUGCACAGAGAGUUGUGAUCCGUCCAUCACUAUACUGCCUGAAUGCCAAUCUGAAGACCUCUAG